AUGGUCAAGGAAACCAAGUACUAUGAGACUCUCGGAGUCGCUCCUACGGCCACUGAGGCCGAACUCAAGAAGGCCUACAAGAUGGGCGCUUUGAAAUUCCAUCCUGACAAGAACACUGGCAACCCCGAAGCUGAGGAAAAGUUCAAGGAAAUCUCACACGCCUACGAAAUCCUCUCCGACUCCCAGAAGCGACAAAUCUACGACCAAUACGGUGAAGCCGGCCUCGAGGGCGGCGCCGGCGGCGGUGGUGGCAUGGCUGCCGAAGACCUCUUUGCUCAGUUCUUCGGCGGUGGUGGCUUCGGCGGCAUGGGUGGCAUGUUCGGCGGCGGUGGCCAGAGCCGUGGUCCUCCCAAGGCCCGUACCAUUCACCACACUCACAAGGUUUCUCUCGAGGACGUUUACAGAGGCAAGAUCUCCAAGCUUGCUCUCCAGCGCUCCGUCAUCUGCCCCAAGUGUACCGGUCUCGGUGGCAAGGAAGGUGCUGUCAAGAAGUGUGUUGGCUGUGAUGGUAUGGGUAUGAAGACCAUGAUGCGCCAGAUGGGCCCCAUGAUUCAGCGUUUCCAGACCGUCUGCCCCGACUGUAACGGUGAAGGUGAGCUCAUCAAGGAGAAGGACCGUUGCAAGGGCUGCAAUGGUAAGAAGACUAUUGUCGAUCGCAAGGUUCUCCACGUCCAUGUCGACCGUGGUGUUCGCAGUGGUACCAAGGUCGAAUUCCGCGGCGAAGGUGACCAGUCUCCUAACGUUCAGGCUGGUGACGUCGUUUUCGAGAUUGAGCAGAAGCCCCACGCUCGCUUCACCCGCCGUGACGACGACCUCCUCUACAAGUGCGAUAUUGAUUUGGUUACUGCCCUUGCCGGUGGCACCAUUUACAUUGAGCACCUUGACGACCGCUGGCUCAGUGUUGAGAUCCUCCCUGGCGAGGCUAUCGCUCCUGAAACCAUCAAGAUGAUCCGCGGCCAGGGUAUGCCUUCCCCACGACACCACGAGUUUGGCAACAUGUUCAUUCAGUUCAACGUCACAUUCCCCGAGAAGAACUGGACGGAUAACGCCGAGGCUUUCGAGGCUCUGCGCAAAUUCCUUCCCUCUCCUCAACUCCAGAACGUCCCUCCCACGGAAGCUAUGACUGAGCCUGCCGAUCUUGAGGACAUGGAUGCCUCUUCUCAGAACCGCGCCUUCGGCCAUGGCGGAAUGAUGGACGAGGAUGAUGAGGAUGGUCACCCUGGAGGCGAGCGCGUUCAGUGCGCUUCGCAGUAA